AUGGUAAGGGCUUGGGUGGAUCAAUGCUCCCAGUGUUCAAUAGUUUCUGAUGCUCUAUGUACAUUGUUAAAACUUAAACGUCAAUGUUUAAAUAUCCCAAUUAGUGGUUCUGGUGGUACUUCAGUUGGUAUAGCUAGGAGUGAAGUUGAAUUUACUAUUUCGCCUAGUUUUAGUCAUUUGGAAGGUUUAGAAUUAGUGGAUCCUUAUUACACAAGUAUGGAUAAUAUCGAUAUUAUACUUGGAGCUGAUGUGCAUGCUCAAAUAGUCGAAGGGUCAGUCCGGAAGGGCAAACCUAAUGAGCCUAUUGCUACUUGUACUUUAUUAGGGUGGAUUCUCUCAGGUUCUAUGGGAUUCAAGGAAGCAACUAGUGGUAGUGCAGUUUCUUUGCAUUGCGCUGAAGAGGAUCAACUUAUUCUCUUGUUGAAGCGUUUUUGGGAAAUAGAGGAACUCCCUGCUGAUCCAAAUUCUCUUUGGACAGGGGAUGAAAAAGCUUGCGAACAACAUUUUAUUGACACCCAUUACAGAGAUAGCACUGGUAGAUAUGUAGUUAGACUUCCAUUUAAGACUGAUCCGAAACCAGUAGUUAAAGAACGUGAUGCCGCUAAGACUCUGUCUAUCACUAUGCAGAAAAAUUUAGAGCGUAGAUUUCAUAAUAACUCAGUAUUGUUUGAUGCUUAUAGUUUGUUCAUGCGUGAGUACAUCAAUCCUAAUCACAUGGUGAAGUUAAAACUCAAUGAGACCAAUGAUUGUUGGUUCUUACCCCACCAUGGAAUGAAAGAAAUUUAUAUGGACGAUGUUUUGUCAGAAGCUCAUAGAUUAAGUGACGCAGUUGAGAAAUGA